AUGGCAGGUCUGGAAACAGUGAUCGGUACUCAUAACUUUGAUGCUGAAAAUGCUGACGAAAUAUCCUUUAGUAUUGGUGAAGUCAUUGUUGUAUUAGAAAAAGACGAAGGUUAUCAAGAUGGUUGGUGGCAGGGAAGAAAUGCUCGAGGAGAAAUUGGACUUUUCCCUAUGAAUUAUACUACACCUAAUAUACCAUCAACUUUGGAUUCUUUGGAAAAUAAGAUCGAUUCUUUAGAAACUGCUAAAUUAUCAAGUAAAUAUGUUCAUCAAUCAGUGGCUACUUCUUUACAAAAUCCUGAAUUACAAACAUGUUUACCUGAAGAUUGGUCUGCAGAACAAGUUAGUAUUUGGUUAGGAUUGAUGGGUUUUAGUGAUAUUGCUUCUACAUUCCAAGAUCAAGAAAUCACUGGUGAUAUAUUAUUGGAAUUAAAUGUGGAUUCACUCAAGGAAUUGAAUGUUUCAACUUUUGGAAAACGAUUCAAAAUAUAUAAUGCUAUCAAAGUUCUUGCAGAUGAAAAUAUGACACCACCUCCUCCACCUUUACCACCUCCUACUUCUCACAUUCCUUAUGUUGAUGAUGACCUUGUAUCUGAUUAUAGCUCUAUUAUUCGAAAUUCUUCCUCCGCUAACAACGAACAAUUGAAAUCUCCUCAAUCAACCUCCUCAAUUUCAUCUAGUCCUCCACUUUUGCCUGCUGAUCCUCGUCGUAUUUUUUCGUUGGACUCGGCGCGACCCCUGAUGGUCAAUUCUUCUUCUGUCAAUAAUUCACUUUCCAGAUCAGCUACUCCUAUCAACAGAACAUUAUCAACAACUGCAUCAUCGUCAUCAUCACCAACAAAUACGCAUUUAAUCAAUACCUCUCGUGCAUCUAUGGAUGGUAUUGCUCAACGACUAGGGAAUAACAGAGAAAAUGUAUUACCAGAUAUGGAGGGUUGGUUACACAAGCAAGGAGACAAGUACAAGACUUGGAAUAAGCGGUGGUUUGUGCUUAAGGGAUCUAAUCUUUUUUACUUUAAAAGUCCAAAGGAUAUACGAAUGAAAGGAAUCAUCAAUUUAAGGGGAUAUCGAAUCAUCACAGACGAAACAAUCUAUGCUGGCAAAUUCUGUUUUAGAGCGCAACAUGAACGGGAACGAACAUUUUACUUUUAUACUGAUACUGAAUCAAGUAUGAAAGAAUGGGUGAAGACAUUAAUCAAGGCCACUAUUACUCGCGACUUUACAGCACCAGUAAUGUCUUCAAGUACUAUUCCAACUGUUUCUUUAGAUGCUGCAAGGCGUAUGAAACCUCGACCACCAUCAAUGAUUUAUGGAAAAGACACUGACAGCGAACGACCCAUAUCUCCUUCACUUUAUGAUUCUCGACCUUUCUCAUUGACAUACAAAGAUCAGGCAGAACCCAUUAUGCGAAUGUCCAUGUCCGAUGAAACUCACAACCUAUUUCCAUUAAACAAUCAAACUCAAGAAUCAGGACUUGUCAGGAAAGAACCAAAUAAUCAUCCAUCAGCAGCCAACUUAUUUUAUCAUGAAGAAGAUGAAGAUUUGAUUGAUCCUCACCAACGAACUCCACAUAACAACAUAUCUUCCGAUAAAAGCAUUGAUCUUUCAUCGCCUACUGAACAUUAUCUCGAGCAAGCAUCAUGGCAUUGGGAUCCUGCUGAUUAUGUGGAUUGGAUGAAUCGACAUAUGGAUCAACGAAAGAUUGCACAUGUAACAGAAUUACGUACAGGUGAAUCUUUAGUAGAAUUAUUAGAAGCUAUCAGUGGCAAAGAAGUACGGCGACCUUCAACUACGGCCCGUGUAGGUACCAGUCCAUUAACCAGUAUGCAAAUGCUUGACAAUAUCGUAGCGGCUUUCAAAUUUAUGGGUCGUGAAGGUGUAGUGGUAGAUGGUAGAUACAAUAUCAAAGAUAUCUUUAGCGGAAAUGAAGUCAAGAUUUUGGAAAUGCUUCGUACUAUCAAAGAUUGGGCUGAUCAAUUACAUCCUUCUACUGAUAAAAUGGCAAGUGGUGGGACUUUUGGUGAAGAGGAACAAGGCAAAUUGAAGGCUCUGGAUGAAGUUUGA